CGACACCUCUGCCACGUCUCUGCGCUCCUCUGUAGCAGCGGGAGGAGCAGCGGCUCUGAGCACCGGGAUGGGCCGCUGCUGGGCGGUGGGGGGAUGAGAGGGAGAAGUGGGAGUGACGGAGGGAGCACAGAUGAGAGAGGAAGGAAAAGAGGAAACACGUAGAGAGCCACAGCACAACACUCCCCUGGCUGAGGACUCCAACUUGAAGGAGCGACCUGCUGCCUGGCUGGGGCUCUUUUGUUCUCACAGAGGGGCGCGUUUCUGCGGUUUCUCCCGGGGUCACCCAUGCUAAGCUCAGGGAAAAUGGAGGAAUUCGUAACCGAAGAGGAAGAGCCGUGGUACGACCAGCAGGACCUGGAGCAGGACCUCCACUUAGCGGCUGAGCUGGGAAAGACUCUGCUGGAGAGGAACAAAGAGCUCGAGGACUCCCUGCAGCAGAUGUAUAUCACUAAUGAAGAGCAAGUGCAAGAGAUCGAGUACCUCUCAAAGCAGCUGGAGGUCCUUCGGGACAUGAACGAGCAGCAUGCCAAAGUGUACGAGCAGCUGGACGGGACUGCCAGAGAGCUGGAACGCACCAACCACGCUCUGGUGAUGGACAGCAGGGCCUCCCAGCAGAAGAUAGAGAGGUUAACGGGGACCAUCGAUGCCUUGCAGAGCCAGGUGGAGUCUCUCUCAGGGCAGGUGGAGCAGCUUCACUCUAUGGAGCAGCUCCGGGUCAGGAGGGAGAAGAGGGAGAGACGCAAGACCAUCCACUCCUUCCCCUGCCUCAGGGAGCUCUGCACAGCACCCAGGUAUGAGGAUGAGUUUGUAGUGGGCAGGGCGGAGAGUUUCUCCGUGGAUGUAAAACCUCCACCAAUGGAAGAGGAGAACCAGCACCUGAGAGAGGCGGUGUCGGCUCUAAGGGCGGCUGUCCGGACCGAGAGGGGGCGUAGAGAGGGCGUGGAGAGGGAGUGCAACCUCUUAAUUGCUGAAUUCUCCAGGCUGCAGACUCGAGUCCAGGAUGCUGAGAGCUGCCAGGGGAGGGUGCGGGAGUUGGAGGUGGAGCUGCAGGAGCUGCAGCAGCUACGUCGGGCAAGGAAUCUGCUGCUGAGCAGCGAGGACGACGGCGUGACUCUUACCCAGACCGUCCUAAAUAGUACCCCAGAGACUGACACCUUCCUGGAAGUGGAAGUUGGCGAGACAGGAGGAGGUGUGAGGGAAGAAACUGAAGGCGGAGGAGGUGUUGGUGGAGAGGCUCUCCCCGACUCCAGCCCUGUGAGGAAAAGCUGCAGCGACACGGCGCUUAACGCCAUCGUGGCCCGUGACGCGUCUGGCCGCAGAAGAGGCAGCUACGCUCUCCACGCCAACAGCGUGAGAAAGCGGGGGAUGUCUAUCCUCAGGGAAGUGGAUGAGCAGUACCACGCCUUACUGGAGAAAUAUGAGGAGUUGUUAGGGAAGUGUAGGCGCCACGAGGAGAGCCUGUGCCACACCGGGGUCCAGACUUCCAGACCCGUUUCCCGGGACCCAUCCAUGAAAGACUGUGCUAUGGGGCCAACUCCGGCGCCUCCUCCUACGCCCACCCAGUCGCCCUCCACUCCUGAGGCCAUUGAGAGCAUCAGCAAGCAGGUGGAGGCAGUGGAUAAGAGGCUGGGACAGAACACUCCAGAGUACAAAGCCCUUUUUAAGGAGAUCUUCUCUCGUAUCCAGAAGACCAAGAUGGACAUCAAAGCUACCAAAGCUGCUAAGGCUAGCAAGUCUGGCAAAUCUGGCAAAUCUAGUAAACCUAGUAAACAGUAAUGGUGCACUGAUUGGCUCUAGAAUAUGAAUGUGUGCUAUUUUAGUGUUACAUACUGGUGUUUGCGAACACUUGGUGUUAAAAUUCUUAUAGAGGGUGCUAUUUCAAAAACUGCUAAAUUCAAGUACAGUGGAGCUCAGUCACAGUCAACACGGAGUGCAAAACCUUCUUGCAUACGGGAGGAUCUGAUUAGCAUGUGAUCUAUUUGAAAUAUUAGCAUAAUUCAGUCAUAUAUAUGUAUAAACCGUGGUUCGUUAAAAGCUAGUUCACCCCCCUCACACCCUUUUAUUUAGUGAUCCUAAACAUAUACUGGCUUCACUGCCUUACUACAUUAGGCAUAUACCACAAUAACACGGUGAAAGCAAUAGGCCUCUCAUGAGCCUCACAAAUGCACUAAAUGUUAAAGCUUCACGAAAACGUUGACAAACUUGCAUCUCUGAUGAAAACGUGUGGAAAUCUAAAUCUAAUAGUAACAUGAAAUGUAGCUGUAAGGUGUAUUAUAAUGGACUACUAACAUUUAUAUAAUUGCAGUACAAAAAAGUGAGAUUGAUCCUCUCAGGCCACAGUCCUGUCUGUCUCUAGAAUAAACUCCAGGUGCUAUCAAAUGCCAUCCCAUAUCGCUCAAAAUUUAAACAAGCCUUUGGUCUGGAUUCACAGCCAGUUAGCCUAGCUUAGUUUAGCGACUGAAAACAAUAAAACUGCUAGCCUGAUGCUGUUGACAUUGACGAGUUAUGUUUUUUUUGUUUUUUUAAUAAAUUAACCAAAAAAGACAUAUGAUGUUAAUUAGCUAGGUUUAGUGGCAUAUUAUCUAGCUUUGGGCAGAGUCAGGCUAGCUCUUUGCAUGUUUGUCUUUAGCUUAGCAAGCUAACUGGCUGCUCCCAACGUUAGCUUCUCAUUUAGUGUAAAUUAGAAGUGCGGUAUCGACAUUUUCCUCUAACUGUUGACAAGGAAGCAAAUACGGUUGUUCUGCAAAAUGUUGAAAAAUGGGGAAACUAAAACACUAACAUGCUGCUCAGUGCUCAGAUGCCUUUGGAGUUAAAGUGAAAAUAGGAUGCUAACUGUUAAACUUCAGUAAAGGAGCCCGGACUGGAAACUCAAUAUACAUUCAUGAAAUAAAUAUCUUCUCCCUGCACUGUGUUAAGGCAGUUCAUCUCUCUUAUGAGAAGUGUUACCUUAUUUGCCAAUCACGGCAAAAUUUGAAUUGUUCAGUGAGAUAUAGGAAGGAUUAUUAUUUCAUAGUAGUGUGUUGCAUCUACAAUAUAGACAAUAUAGUUUAUAUAGUUGUGCCUGUUCUGAUCUGAAUGUGUGGGAGUGAUCCGAAGAGCUGCUGAGCUGCUGUCUUGCAAAAGACAAUCUCUGCAGAUUGUUAUUUUCACAAUUUUCUGGGCAUUAAGGACGCUAUUCAUACAGAAUAUAAGAAUGUUGAGAUGUCUAAUAAUUGGUUUUGCACCAUGCUGUAUACAGUACAACCUUUUCUGUUUUCUGGAGGAGUCAUUUUGUUUAUUUAACAAAUAGCAAAAAGACACAAAAGAGGCAUAACUCGCAACAGACAUUUGGAUUGUUAAAGAGGCCACUGAAUGGAGACGGCAUGGACAUUAACAUCACACGGGGAUGUGGAUUCUUUUCAAAGAAACUGGUCUGGUCGGGAAAACUACUAUGGACCAUAGUGAACAAAAUAUUAUUCAAAGCUUUUUUUUUAUACAAGUGUUGAGACUAUUUUUCUUUAAUUUACAGCUAGAAAAAAACACGGUAUAGUCAAACUGUAACCAGUGUAAGGCUUCAAACCAGGGCUUUAUCUAACACCUAGCAGUCUUACCAAACUAUAGAACUAACCUGCAAACAUAUUGCACCCUUUUUCACAAUAUUAUAUAGCCUACCUAUGCCUUCUUUUCUGGGAACCUUCUAUGUAUAAACCUUUGUUAUAAUGAAUGUUAUUACAGCUAAUUUUAUAUCUGACUAAAUUUGAAAACAUAGCAAAGCUUUCACAUGUGGCACAGCUUGCACCAGAGGGACCCAACACUUGUGUUUGAGGCUAUUGAGUGUAAAAGGAGGGAGGGGUGGAUGUUUGGCUGCAGCCUGGUAUUGAAAUCAGAGAGAAAUUGUUUUAUGAAGUCAAGGUGAAUUUACUGUUGCAGCAAUUGUGACGCCUGGAGUGCACCUGAAGUCAAUGCUCAUGUCUAUUAGAAUGAUUCUAGCAUGAGGAGAGCGGAAUAUGUAGUAGCCUAGACAAAACAAUGCCAAUCCAGAGCCUGUUAUCUUAUUUUAAGGCUCAUGGGGUUUUUGUACUGUAAUGUCUUACCUAUUGCACUUGAAAAUGUUUGAUGCCUCAUCUUUUGCAUAUUUAGAAUAGCUAAUAUGAAACCGUAUCUGUGUAUUUAUUUCUGUGUGAAUGUUUCUUGGCUUUUUCUUUUCCAUUUUUGUGUGUGUGAUUUUUCAGUGCCUACAUGUCCCGUCACUAACAGAUUGUCAGAAUAAAACUUUAAUUUUCAUUACUUAUAUUAACCAGUUUAAAUGUGUGCAUUAUUAGUAGAUAAGAUAUUGGCAUUACAGUUUAGUCUUCUCUGGUAUUAGUUCAAAUCAUUACUGAACUAAGACCUGUUUAACCUUGUUAAUAAAGCAUUGACAGAA